AAUAAAAUAAAACUUGCGGCUUCUAAACACCGGCAAAACGAAAAAAAAAAAGUUUUUUAGUUUCGCAGCAAGAUGUCUGCCACAACGAGCAGUGGCGCAAGCAGCGCAAGUGAUAGUUCCGUAACGGAUGCUGGUGAUACCAGUUUGAAAUUCGCCAAUAAAACUCUGCAAGACUAUGAAGUUAUAUCGGUGAUCGGCAACGGCACCUUUGGUACGUGCUUCAAAGUGCGCGACAAGCAAACGGGCGAGCUGUACGCGUGGAAGGGCAUCGACUACGAUGAGUUGAGUGAGUCGAAGAAGGCAUCGUUGGUGUCCGAGAUACGUGUGUUGCGCCAGUUGCAACAUCCGAAUAUCGUGGAAUACUAUCAUCAUUUGGUUAAUCAUGAGGCCAAGUCGAUAUUUAUUGUUAUGGAGUGUUGUGAAGGUGGCGAUUUGGCGCAGCUCAUAAAACGUGCGCGUGGCGAACGUAAACGCUUCGAAGAGCGUUAUAUAUGGCGUGUGCUUUUUCAGAUUUGCAAAGCGUUGCAGGUGUGCCACAACAAGAUAAGGAAAGGCACCAUUCUACAUCGUGACAUCAAACCGGCAAAUAUAUUUCUCGAUGCACAAGGCAAUGCUAAGCUGGGCGAUUUCGGUUUGGCGCGUAUGCUGCGUAAAAAUCAGGAUUUCGCUGCCACAUUCGUCGGCACACCCUACUACAUGAGCCCGGAGAUUGUUAGGGGUUCGCGAUAUGAUCGCAAAUCGGAUGUUUGGGCCGUUGGUUGUCUUGCAUACGAAAUGUGUGCUUUGCGCACACCCUUCCAGGCGGCGAAAUUCGAUGAGCUCAGCUUGAACAUUUCCAAUGGCAAAUUCAAUCACAUACCGUCCGUGUACACCAGCGAUCUGCAGGAGAUCAUCGCUUAUAUGUUGUCAGUGGAUAGUGAACAGCGUCCCAGCAUUGAGGUGAUAACGCGUCACCCGACCGUUGUGCGCAACAUAACUGAACUGGGUAAUGACUUUCCAACGCUAAUCAAAGCUGAGCUCGAUUUCUUUGAUGUCGAUGAAAUGCCCGCAGCACGUUGUAAACUGCAAUAUAGCCCUACUAUAGACCUAUCGAGCACUAUGUAUACGGAACACAAUAGUUUCAAUGAGGAUUACGGACAACGACGUUUGAGUGUUGGCUUUACGCCCGAUCUACGUGCCGAACUCUUUUCCUCCGUGAAGCGGCAUUUGAAGCCUAAAUCCAUAUUUCAACAUUCCGAUCCUGAGCUCUAUGAAAGCAUACAACACGAACUCUAUACGAGCGUACAUAAUCAGACACCACUGCGUCCGCCAAUACCACCGCCGAAACCAACUUCGCAUACACGCACGUCGGCCAACAUUUCUGUGGACGAGCUUAAGAGUCCCACCAUGAUCUCGGAAGACGUCUUUAAUGAGGCGUUGCAAGCACGUCUGCAUGCCAUACGCGCACACGAGUCGUUGCUAAAACAUAAAGAGCAUAGCUUGGAUAUGCGCACGCAAGAAUUGAAUGAACGUGAGAAGCGCUUACAGCAGUUGGAAUGUGUGUUGCAUAAACGAGAGCUUGAAUUGGUAGCGAAAGAGCAGGCUUUAGCAACGGAAGCUAUGCAAGCAGUGCAGCUAAGCGAAGAUAACGCGCGUUCACCAUCACCACCCCCUAUACCGCCACGCAAGUCCAGCGUUAGCAAGCACGAUGAGACCUACUGCAGCAUAGAAGACACACAACUGGAAACACCGACAAUCGCAAAACUCAAUUUACCAUUCACCAAGUCGUAUCCCUCACUGCGUCGUGUCACAUUCCAGUCGCCACAAACGUUUACAAAUUACAGCAUUGAUGCUAUUUCUAACGAUAGCGCGCAUGCGCAGCAUACUGUAGCCACUAAAGUGAAUACUAAACGGCAACCCAUGGAACUGCAAAACAGCGUCUCCAGUAAAGAUAGUCGGGAAUCGAUUGAUAGCGGCAUCGCGGCUAAUUCGACAACAACGAUAACAACAACAGCAACCGUACCACCUACACGCCGUCGUUCGUUAUUAUCUGCACUCUUUGGCAUACAUCGCAGCAGCAAAGACACCGCAAAGUCCGGCAGCAAUCAGCUCAAAAAUAGCGUUGACCAUAAUAAAGCCAACCAACAACCCGUACCAAGCUCACCAACACCCAAAACGCGCAUGCCAUUUGCACCACGCGCCGAUCAGGUGCUCGCUAAAUGCGAAACAUCGGAGCUGAGCAAUAUUUGGACUAAAGAACACAAGCGUGCAGCCUUUGACCUCUUAGCCGCUAUGAAUGCGGGUCAAUGUGGCGCAAACGAUGCAACCAAAUCGAACAAUGUACAAUAUAAUGGCUCCACAACGCAUAUUACUGGCAACAAUCCGACAAUUGGACGUCAGAAAUUCAGACAAUCGACACGUGAACGUCACAGCGCCACUUUGCGGCGCCACAACCACAUGCGGCGCUCGUUAAUGAUGCCGCCGCAAUCACUCGCGCAUGUUGCAGCCGCCAGCGCCGGUGCUGCGGUGACCAGUACACGCAGCAGUCUUAGUAGCAGGGAGAAAAUGCUUGUUUAGGGAGUAGUGAGAUGAGUUUCCUGUAAAUUUUUUCGAAGUUUUUCAAUAAUCAAUUCCUCUUUUAAAAAACGGUGCUUCUAUGUACCGUCUUUGCUGGACUGCUUACGUCGAAGCCCUAGAUGCCAUAAAAUCGUGUUUCUUCUAAAGACAAAUCAUUAAAUAACUUGUUAUACCAACCCGUUAAGGGUUUAUUUUAAUAUUUAUAGGCGUAAUUUUGUAGUUGUGAUGCGUAAGAAGUUCCCUUGGUCUUUGAGAUUAAAAAAAAAAAUGUUUUCAUGUUUGUACUAUAUCUAAUUUAUAAUUUAUAUUUAACUGUUAAUAAAUACAGAUCUUCAUUCUCGAAAA